AUGCCUCUCCCCCAUCGCGCCAUCAUCGCCGUCACCUCGGCCACAGCGCCCCUGCACGACGGGAACCCCACGGACAUGUUCAUCAGCGAAGCCCUCCACCCGUACCAAGUCUUCAAGGCGCAUGGGUUCGAAGUCGACCUCGUUUCAGAAAAGGGCACCUACGUGCCCGACUGGCUGAGUCUGCAGGAGAGUUUUCUGAGCGGCGAGGACAGGAAGGAGUGGGAGGAUAGGGACUCGGAGUUCCGGCGGAAGCUGGAUAAUAUGCCGGAUGUCCACAGUGUCGAUGGGAAGAAGUACGGCAUCUUCUUCGCCAGUGCCGGACAUGCCGCUCUGAUUGACUAUCCUCAUACGAAGGGGCUGCAUAAGAUUGCGACGGAUGUUUGGACACAGGGGGGUGUGGUUUCUGCUGUGUGCCAUGGAGAGGCCAUAUACGCCGGCGUGAUCGAUCCCACGACAGGAGACUCCAUUAUCAAGGGCAAGACCAUCACGGGUUUCACCACUCAAGGCGAAUAUGACAUGCACAUCAUGGAGCCGAUCCGGAGCUGGGGCGAACCCCUGAUUGACGAGUGGGCAGCCAAGUUGGGUGCGAAAUAUGUUCGGGCUGAUGGCGUGUGGGACGACUUCCAUGUCACGGACGGCCGGGUCGUGACGGGGAUGAACCCGCAAAGCGCGAGGUCCACUGCAGAGGCUGUGGUGGCGGUGUUUGAAAAGUUGUAA